GUGGAUGACGUUCAUGUGCAGACGAUUCAUUUCAAUUUUUAUUCCUACCAAUAAUCGACCCAUCUGUCUAAAUUAGUUUUAUUUCUCUAAAAUAAAAAUAAAAAAAAAAUUGAUUUUGUACUGUAAAAGAAAGAGAAUGCUUGUGCAACUGCAAUCAAAUGUAUAGAAGUACAAGUACAAGUAGUUGUAUUUCUUAUCGAGAAGGAAUAUCUCAACAUAUGUGGUUCUCAGAUCGUCAUCUUUCCACCCCAUUAUAAAAGCUCUGUCCAUUUCCAUUCCAUUCCCAUCCCACAAAAGCCUUAACCAAAAGAAGUACCAAAUAUUUGUAGCAGCCAACGACCCACAAACUUUUUCUUAAAGAAAGAAAAAAAAUCAUCUUCAAUAAAGAUCGAUGGGCAUAGUUGAGGAAGCUCACAACGUGAAGGUAAUUGGAUCAGGGGAUCGGGUAAUUGUGUUAGCCCAUGGGUUCGGGACAGAUCAGUCAGUUUGGAAGCACCUGGUGCCCCACCUGGUGGAUGAUUACAGAGUGAUUUUGUUUGACAAAAUGGGGGCUGGAACUACCAAUCCUGACUACUUUGACUUUGAAAGGUAUUCAAGUCUUGAAGGCUAUGCUUAUGAUGUUCUCGCCAUACUUGAGGAGCUUCAGGUGGAAUCCUGCAUCUAUGUUGGUCACUCUGUUUCCGCCAUGAUUGGUGCCAUCGCCUCUGUUUCUCGCCCUGAUCUUUUCUCCAAGCUUAUCUUUGUCUCGGGUUCUCCAAGGUACCUGAAUGACGUUGAUUACUAUGGAGGAUUUGAGGAAGAAGAUCUGAACCAACUAUGGGACGCUAUAAAGUCAAACUACAAAGCAUGGUGCGACGGAUUUGCGCCGUUAUGCGUCGGAGGGGACAUGGAGUCGGUAGCCGUUCAAGAGUUCAGCCGGACGUUGUUUAACAUGCGACCGGACAUAGCCUUGAGCGUGGCUCAGACCAUAUUUUAUAGUGACAUGAGACAUUUGCUUCCCCAUGUCACCGUCCCCUGUCACAUAAUACAGAGCAUGAAGGACUUGGCCGUUCCGGUGGUGGUUUCUGAAUUCCUUCACCAGCACCUUGGCAGCGAGUCCGUCGUCGAAGUCAUGUCCACCGACGGCCAUUUACCCCAGUUGAGCUCCCCGGAUGUUGUGGUCCCGGUGCUCCUCCGCCACAUUCGUCACAACAUCACCGUUUAAGAGUGGUGUUCUUUUCCUUUUGCUUAUUGGUUGUAGUGUUUGCAUUGUCUUUGUUUGACUUUGUUAGACCGGUCGUUAGAUUGUGCAAAAUGAAGGUGGUGAAUUGGCUUUUUUUAUUUUUUAUUUUUUACACACAAUUACAAGUACCUAAUUUAUUAGGUGUAGGUGGAGCCUAUGGAAAAGGGAUAAUACUACUAAGGGGGAAACUCCACGCACGCAAGCCUCGAUCUGAUACUCAGAAAGUCUCCUGACGAAUGCAAGUAAACCUGCACAAACUCAACACUGAAAGUGUUGUUAGCAGGUUAGAAUAUGGGUCUCUCAGGUUGGAUGCCAAAGCUCAAACCACUGGACCCCUUUGUUGGCCAUGAAUUGGCUAGUGUUAAUACCUUUGCUCGCUUUUGUAUGUGUGUGUUUUAUUUUCUUCUUUUUUAUUUAAUGUAAUUUGAUUUGGUUUUAAGUAAUAGUAAGAUUUUUUUCGCCCCUUAAUGGAAAAAUACACAAGUAUCCUGAAUGAACAUUUUACACUAACAGAGUUGGCUCUAAUUCUAUGGCCAGAGUUAUUCAUAUCAGCAAACCGAUUGCCUGUCGAGCCUUCCUACCAUAAUAUGGUAAGUUGACAUGAUAUUAACAAUUCGAAAAAAAAAAUGUAUUUACAAAUACUAGAUGUUAAACCCACACGAUGUGCGGGAUACAUUAUAUCUCUCUGUCCUGAAAUAAUUGUAAAACUGAAAGUUGUAUAUUACAUGUGUAUAAAUCAUAAUUUGUGAAAUAUUAUUAAAUGUUGAAAAUGUCAUGACAUGAAGUCAUGAAUAUAUAUAUAUAUAUAUAUAUAUGUACACAUAUAGAUAUUUU